AUGUCACAUUGUGCGGAGUACUGUUUCGACGAUUUCAAUCAUUUUAUAUUUGAAGAUGCAACUUCACAUUUAUUUACGGGUUCCCUUACACCUCCAGAAAAACCUAAUGGAGACCUUGUACCAAUGUCCACAACCAGUCCCCUCAGUAUCACAACCAUUGGUCCACCGAUGCAAGCCCCCCCAAGCCCCCUACCCACACCCUCUCCACCUAUGCGACACCCACCAGAUGGCUCCGGAUUAAGAGUUCCUCAAUGUGAUGCACCUCAUCUCAGUAUGAGAAAAGAUCAACGAUUAACAAAAGAAGCAAUGAGAAAAUAUUUACGAGACAGAAGUGAUCAAAUAUUAGUUAUACUUCAUGCUAAAGUCGCUCAAAAAUCAUAUGGCAAUGAAAAAAGAUUUUUUUGUCCACCACCCUGUAUAUAUUUAUUUGGUAAAGGAUGGAAAAGGAAACAUGAUCAAAUGGAAGAGGAAGGUUCAACCAAAGAUGAAGCUCAAGUUUGUGCAUUUAUGGGAAUAGGGAAUUCAGAUCAAGAAAUGGUGCAGCUUCAUUUAGAAGAUAAAGAUUAUUGUGCUGCAAAGACAUUGUACAUAUCUGAUUCAGAUAAACGAAAACAUUUUAUGUUAUCUGUGAAAAUGUUCUAUGGAAAUGGACAAGAUAUUGGUUUAUUUUUAGGCAAAAGAAUAAAAGUCAUUUCCAAACCUUCCAAGAAAAAACAAUCUUUAAAAAAUGCUGAAUUAUGCAUUGCUUCUGGGACCAAAGUUGCACUGUUUAAUAGGUUACGUUCUCAAACAGUGAGUACCAGAUAUUUACAUGUUGAAAAUUAUAAUGGUAAAUGUAAUUUUCAUGCCAGCUCAACACAGUGGGGUGCCUUUACUAUUCAUUUAUUGGAUGAUAAUGAAGGAGAAUCUGAAGAAUUUACUGUUAGAGAUGGUUAUAUACAUUAUGGCAGCACAGUAAAAUUAGUUUGUUCUGUUACUGGCAUGGCACUACCUCGUUUAGUGAUAAGAAAAGUUGAUAAACAAACAGCAUUAUUAGAUGCUGAUGACCCGGUGUCACAAUUACAUAAAUGUGCAUUUUUCCUCAAAGAUACCGAACGUAUGUACCUCUGUCUUUCUCAGGAGAGAAUUAUCCAAUUUCAGGCUACACCAUGUCCUAAAGAACCUAAUAAAGAAAUGAUCAAUGAUGGUGCUUCAUGGACUAUUAUUAGUACUGAUAAAGCUGAAUAUACAUUUUAUGAAGGAAUGGGUCCUGUCAAAAAUUCACUGACACCUGUUCCUGUGGUCAACAGUUUACAUUUAAAUGGAGGAGGAGAUGUGGCUAUGUUAGAAUUAAAUGGAGAGAAUUUUAAUCCUUCAUUAAAAGUGUGGUUUGGUGAUGUCGAAGCUGAAACCAUGUUUAGGGCAGAAGAUAGUAUGUUAUGUGUUGUACCAGAUAUAGCAGCUUUUAGACCUGGUUGGAAAUGGGUUCGACAACCAUUGCAAGCCCCUGUAUCAUUGGUGCGAUUAGAUGGUGUAAUAUAUGCUACAGGCCUUACAUUCACAUAUACCCCGGAACCCGGUCCACGGCAGCAUUGUAAAGAUAUGGACCGUAUUGUAGGGAGAACUUCAACAGCCAGUCCUGACUCUACCUCACACACUACCUUGUGA